GGAAGUAAGCGGAUGUCAGUGGAGGCUCACUUUACUCGACUGGUGGAUUUCCGUUUGGGGGUUUGCAACUUCGUCAAUCCAUCGGCGGCGACGACAGGGAUUCUUUCGAGCUGGGUUCGUCCCGUGACCGCCACACUCCAGACGUGACCAAUCCACGCACAAUUUCAUUUCGACUCAACGCGACACGUUACCGUUAGACGCCUUUCUAAUUGAUCCUUGCCCCCCCCGCCCCCUCUGAGAGAUUGCCAUGGCCCGAUACUUGAGGCACUUCACCACAGUGGGUGAUGAGCAGCCUGACCAGUGGGAGGAGGAGGAGGAGGAGGAAUUGCAAGCAGGCAGUGAUGAACUGGGUCCUGCCACUGGGCAGUGCCCUGAAACCCCGACCUUCAGGAAUUCCCUGAAAAGACUCUACAGCUCUGCACGCUUCCAGGUAUUGGUGGUGUGUUUAGUUGUCCUGGAUGCCAUUUUUGUACUGGCAGAGCUGCUGAUCGAUUUAUCCAUUAUCCAGCUGGAACACGGCCAUGUUGCACCUGAGGUGUUUCACUACCUGAGCCUGGCACUUCUCACGUUCUUCAUGGUGGAGCUAGCUGGCAAACUGUUCGCAUAUCGCCGGGAGUUCUUCCAGCAUAGGUUUGAGGUGUUUGAUGCUGUGGUGGUGGUGCUGUCUUUUGUGCUGGACAUAGUGUUCAUCUUCCACGAUGAUGUAUUUGAUGGAAUGGGUCUGCUCAUCCUGCUGCGUCUCUGGAGGGUGGCUAGAAUCGUCAACGGGAUUCUAGUGUCUGUAAAAACCCGUGCGGACCAGAAGAUGCACAAGUUGAAGGGCAGCUAUGACCAUCUCGUGCAAAGAGUCACAGAACUACAACAGCAGAUUGAUAAACUACAACAAGACAACCAGAAUCUUCAGACACUUCUCAAGAGGCAUGGCAUUGACAUCUGAUUGUUUAUUAAUUUAAAUUUGAAUUAUUAUGAUGCAACUUUCUGCAUUUUUUUUUUUUUUUGUAUGCGUAAAUGUAUGCAUCCUUUCUGAAUUGUUUGUUUGAUCUGCUCUUUAAGUUCCCCAUUUUAAUAAUCAAAAUAUGUUACUAACUUCAUUCAGGCUGUAUUGCUUCAUCCAAUCAAUAUUUUGUCCUGUAUUGUAAUUACAAUUACCAUUUUGGUGAGCGGACUUUCACAGUCUGUUAGAAGUCGCUGAAUCAAACAAAUGGAAAGAAGAAGUCAACAGGCAGCUUGGCGUUGAUGGUCGGUGUAGCUCUGUAACCAGGGAGAGCAGCACUGGCGAUUUCUUUGAAGCUCACUGAACUCUGAAUUGACACAUCACUGCCUCUGGUCAGACGAGUCUAAGAAAGACACAGGAGAGAUCAUAAGAAUGCAUGCAUAUUUUGUUUUUUUGGGUUAAGUAUUAGACUUUAGUGCAGGCUGCCUCCAACAUGGUAAACAAAUCUGUGCAAGUGCCUGGCAUUUUGCUAUCCCAAAUAUCAUAACUCUACCUCAAAGAUGUUGGCAAUCCAAUUGGCAUCAUGUGAGAGGUUGUUGACAGAUUUAAUUCCUCCAAUAAACUUGCUUCCUGUG